AUGCGCCGCUCGAGUCUGCGGCCGCGGCAGAUCGAUGUGCACGCGCGCAUGGCUAUAAUCCGGCAAGAAGACGAUCUAGAAGCAGAUGAAGAUGGCACCGGUGGUAGCUCUCAGCCCCACGUGGCGUUUCGGCAGCUCGUAGCAAAUCUAGAAGCACGUCAGCGGGCUGGGAACCAAUCCAAGCGCAAGCAGAAGGAUAUUCCGAUUCCUGUUAUUCUGCCAGUAACGUCUUACGACAACUCGGUGUCGGCAGACUUUGAAGUUCCUACGUCGUACGUGAGAUUUCAGGCUUUACCCAGAGACGAGGGCCCGGCAGGAUGCGAAGAUUCAAACUCUGAGUCGCAAAGUGUUGAAGUGGAUCUGGACCUGGAAGAUAUGAGGUGGCUCCGUCGCCACCCGAAGUACGGUGUGGAUGGAGAUCCACGCUAUCAAUUGUCGCAAGAACGUUUCGGUCAAAUGCUCGACGCCUUGGAAAAAGCCUCAGCUUUGCUUAAUCCCAACGUCAUGACGUUGGCAGAGGCAGAGGACGUCUUUGCUAGGAGACUGAACAUGCAGAAAACGCCGCUUAAUCGCGUUACGUGCGAUGUGUACACGUACUGGGCAGCCAAGCGUCAAAGGCUACGUCGUCCUCUGCUGCGGCGAUUCUGGCCACAGACGCCACUGAAUGACACAAAUCCACACUCGGUGUUUCGACCGCGAGAAAAGGAACGCUAUAAGCUUCGUAAACAUCGCAAGAACGACUUGGAGGGAUUUCGCAAGCUGCAGCAGCUUCGUGUGGACUUUGAGCGCGUGCGACGUCUGCUGGAUUUAGUGCGGCGUCGCGAACGAGCAAAGAGACUGCAGCUGGAUUUUGUGGAUGAGAUCCGUCGGCAGGCAGAACAUGAACUUGUAAAUCGUGGCCCGAACGCAGUGACGCGUAAGCCGAUUAUACCUGUGGAUGGAGAAAGCGAGCGGCACAAGAAGAAAAAGAAGAAGAAAAGGAGACAUCGCGAUGGCGAGAAUGGCAGUUUUGCAGAUGGUACUUCAUUAUCAGGUAUGAAAGCGGACGCCGACAUGAAGCCUGACCAAGCGGCUGGUGCUGUGGAAGGACCACAAAUUGCGCCCACUUUUAUGGAAUACGAUACAACAGCAAAUUUCGUGAUGGAGGAUAUAACAGACACAGACGGAUCGCCACGAAGUUAUAGCAGCCCAGUGUACCCGUCCUACCCGCUGUCACCACCCAAGUUGAUGGCAGCUAUAUUCCAGCAACCGCCCAAGUAUAGGUGCCGCGGGCGUAUCGGACGUGGUGGACGUCUGGUCAUGGAUCGGAUACCUGUUCCAUCUUCACGGUAUUAUGGUCCAACAGAGAUAAUGGCACCGACACUCAAGUCGAGUUCUUCGAUCGUCAGUGGGGCACUACCAGGAACGGCAACACCUAAAGGUUGCGGGUCCAGCUUACCGAUCGCAAACUCGGAGCUUGGCGUUGCUACCAGCCAAGGGGCUGUUUUUGUCCAAGAGCUGUCCAUUCACCCUUUGAUGCACAAAAUUUACCAGGUUACGUCGAAGCGAAUGGACGAAAUCUACGGAAUGAGCGACAGCGAAGACGAGUACGUGGAGCUUCUUUCCUCUUCGGUGUACGAGACACCUACUGCACCAACAACAAAUAGUGGUGGGAAGGGCCUGGCCAGCGACACACGUGCAGGACCAGAUCGAAAGGUGAAGUUCACGCUGAACAUGUGA